GUUCCUGUUACUUACUCAGAACUCCCUGAACGGGUAGACACACCAGACACCACCUAAACACCAGAGGCGGCCAACAAAGCUGAAAUAGCACUCGUUCAUUUGUCCCGAGCUUGGACCAUGAGCUUUCUCGACGAUAUGCCCUUUGGCUGCUGAGCCUUAGCCGAGGCGGAGGUGGAGCAGACAGGAUGCCCAAGGCCUUCGGAGAUGCGGAAAAUGGACUAGAACAAAGCCUCCCAGCCAUCGCCUCGAUCAAUACCUACUACUCCAGGAGCCAGCAGGGGAUGCCCAGUCACUUCACAGCCCUAGGAGAGAAAAAGAAAAGCAUCUCGGAUGUCCGGAGAACUUUCUGCCUUUUUGUAACUUUUGACCUCCUGUUUGUUUCGCUCUUGUGGAUCAUCGAGCUGAAUGGAAAAGAAGGCAUUAAAGAGAAUCUGGUGGAUGAAAUCCUGAAAUACAGGUUUCAAACAUCGUUCUUUGAUAUAUUUUUGCUGGCCAUCUUCCGUUUCUUGGUGCUGUUGUUUGCCUAUGCCCUGCUGAGGCUGCGUCACUGGUGGGUGAUAGCGGUGACAACAUUGGUUACCAGCAGCUUCUUAAUUAUAAAAGUCAUUCUGUCCAUUCAGUUCCAGACUAGGGGAGCGUUUGGGUAUGUGCUUCCCAUCGUCUCCUUUGUCCUGGCCUGGCUGGAGACCUGGUUUCUGGAUUUCAAAGUGUUGACUCAGGAGUUAGAGGAUGAGCGACUGUAUCAGACAGCACAGGCGGCGUUCCCGCAAGCACCUCUUCUGCACCCAAGGGCUGUGUCCGAUGGACAGUUCUACUCCCCACCAGAAUCCUUAGCAGGCUCCGAUGAUGAGUUAGAAGAAGAAGGGACUGGGCGGAAAGCAGUGACGCCUCAGGAGAAGGAGUAUGUGCGGCAGGGCCGGGAAUCCAUGGGGGUGGUGGAACACAUCCUGACCAUGGAGGAGAACUGGAGACUGGAGAGGGAGAAUGACAUCGGUGAUGCUGUUUACACAUAUGAAAUACCCUAUCACGGCAAAACGUUUAUUUUGAAGGCGUUUCUGCAGUGCUCGGCUGAGCUCAUAUACCAAGAGGUAAUCCUGCAACCGGAGAAACUAGUUAUCUGGAACAAAACAAUUGCAGUCUGUCAGGUGAUACAGAGGAUCGACGACAACACUCUGAUCACUUACGAUGUCGCUGCAGGAGCCGCUGGAGGGGUGGUUUCCCCCAGGGACUUUGUGAACGUGAGGCGCAUUGAAAGGAAGAAGGAAAUGUACAUCUCCUCCGGAAUAUCAAGCACGCACGGCUCAAAACCUCCGCUCAACAAAUACGUCAGGGGCGAGAAUGGGCCUGGAGGGUUCGUAGUGCUCAAGAGUCUCCGUAACCCACACGUCUGUACAUUUAUCUGGGUCCUGAACACAGACCUGAAGGGACGUUUGCCAAAAUACCUAAUUCACCAGAGUUUGGCUGCUACCAUGUUCGAGUUUGUGUCACACCUGCGGAAGCGGAUCACGGACGUGCGUGGCGCCGGGUACUGAGGGGCAUCGGGAAGUCAGCGAGAAGUGUGGCAACCCGGGCACUGAGGGGCAUCGGGAGGUCAGCGAGAUGCGCACUGCACUGGACAUUUGAGCGGGCAGUGGGUGCGUGACCUGCGUUGGCAGCGGGAAGAUGCCAAGUACAGUCUCCCACCGCAGAGCUGAUUGGCAGUUUGCUGCGACGUCACCUCAACCAGUAACCAGUAACACAAACAUUUUGUUUUGUUUUUUGUGGGGGGGGGGGGUAAAAAGAAACAAACUGAUUUUUGCACUAAUUGCAACCUGAUUUUUGUAACGAUUCUUGUUCCACUGGAUUCUCCGAGCAUCAAUGAGUGUAAGGUGCGAAGGAAAUUCUGCUUCUGUCCGUCUAUCUGUCCCUGACAGCUCCUUGCAUUUCAGAGGUAAUGGGGAGGGUGGGGGGGGCAGAGAAUCAUGUAUUAAUCACCCUGUGGGGGGGGUGUGAGGUGAGUUUGGGAGGGGGAAGAUCGUACCAAGUGACUCACAGGGAAUACGUUCAGUGAAGAUUCACUGAGCACAAUACAGGACACUGGAGGUGAGUAAUGUGAUUUAUUCAGGGCUGGAAAAAAAUGGCAAUCAAAGCAAAAUAAGCGCUCAGGACAACGUGAUCGCAGCUGUGGGCAAUGACCGUUGUUUCCUCAACAAACGCAGUCUUCAUUUUGGAAGGAAGUCCACCCGGAAAUAGUCCCCUCUCACCCCCGGCUCCUCGGCUGAGGGCUCUUCACUUGCACUGGAGAGAGCUUGGUAAACACCAGCCAGGCAACUACAGAGAAACACACGCGCACACAGACGGAUACACACACACACAUACACACACACGCACACACAGACACACACACACCCAGUGUUAUCACGUCCCUGCCCUUGCAACGCACUUGGAGUUUCGAGCAGACGAGCACAGGGACAGUGAUCAGCAGUCGGAACCCUGGUCGAUUUUUUUUUUUUUCUCUCUCUCCCUCUCUCUCUUGCGCUCUCCAUCGUCGUAGCUCAGGGACACUGAGGCCAUUUGUAUGUGACUGAUUGUGCCGCGACUAAUGUUUCUGCGACUGCUGCGGGCAAAGAUGAGUAUGAAGCUUAACACAAGGGUUUUGAGGUUUCUGUCCUCACGUUAGCGUGUAAAACUGUGACCAACACAUUUCAGAUCAAAGUGUAAGAUUAUUGUUUGAAUUCAACACUGGAAUAAAUAUUUUAAUUUGGUGAGCAUCCCUUGCUUAUUUCCUCAGCCCAGCACACUGCUCCUAAGUCAGGGGUGUGUGUGUGUUGGGAGAACAAACCUGAGUCCCUCGGCUUGUCUGCGAUUGCUGUUUUUCAGGGAGAAAUGUUGGAUGAGGUGGAAAAGGAACAUUUAGUUUUCUGCUUGCACUAUCUCUGUGAAGUGUCCAAAGCGCACAGGAACCAACCAAGGGCAGAAGCUGCCUCUAUCACCAGGUAUUGAGUUAAUGCUCUCCUUAACCAAAUAAAACACUGACUGCAAUUGAUUUAAAAA